CUGGCACAACCACCAGGUUGUAGACUUUGAUAGAAUCCGGCAGCACCGUUCCCUCAAAAAAAGCACGAAGAAAGUCAGCAAAGUCGCAAAAAGAAUUUCAGCAACUCAUAAUUUCGUAUACGAGUUUAAUCCUCUUGCGAAGUCCACGUCGACGUCCAAUGAUGCGACCAAAAAAAAGGGGGCGCAAUAUAUUUCUAAUAUCGGUCAAGGAGAUUCACCUAUAAGAUCCACGAGCAAUAAAAAUGGUAACAAUGAAUCCCUUGCAGCUGCACUGCCAAAGUUGCAUUCUCGCAAUGACACUACGUUAGAUAAUUUAGGAAAGCAAAAAAGUAUAACAUCUAACAAUAAAAACACCAAUCUACCUCGUAUAAAAGGACCGGAAGGAAUGUCCGAUCAGCGGUUGGUCAAAGAUCGAGGAAAACUUAACCCGGUUAGCGAAAUCGAUCGUGAGGUGGAAAAAGUGAAGUCGGAUUGGCAAAUAUUACGAUCCAACAACGAAUGGAUGCAAAGUAAAUAUUUGGCGAACCCUCGAACCAGAAAAUUAUACGAUACCUUGGAGAAGAUGACACGAGAAAUAGAUAAGAUCCAAACCUCCUAUUUAGACCCAAAAUCAAAUCACUAUUUGCAGCGAGGAGCGGCUAAGACAUUGGAUGCUCCUGAAAUAUCAUUUGAAAAGAAAGCUGGACAAAUUAAAGACAUGCUAUUCCCCAAAGAUAAUAAGAAAACGAUUAACGAAACAAGAAACACCAUACAGGGUGAAAUGCCAUCAAAAGAAAUAUUUACGAACAAACUAUCCAGAAGUAGGUCUCUUCUUUCAAGCAAGCGAAACAGUAGUAAUAAAUCAAAUUUUAACAAACAAAAGAUUAAUGCGACUGAUCAAAAGAGUUUAAGAAAGAUGGGUUCGGAUAUCCAGCAAUAUUUGGAGAAUUACAUUAGUGACACAGAAAAAAAUUUUGUGAACCAACAAGAGUCGAAUAUCAAAGAGUUUAAUACAUCCCAGGAUGAAGUAGAGAAGAUGUUAAAGAAAUUAAAUAUUCAAUCUUUCGAUAUGUAUGAUAUCGCAGAUUCUCAUGAUGAAGAUGAAGAUUCUCCUCUUCGAAAUAUAAAAAGAAAGAAAAAUACAGGAACUUCUGCAAGAUCGGCCGUGAAUGAGAAAAUUGAAAAAUUGACAGCAAAUGAAAACACAGUUGCAAAAAAUUCAUCAUUAAAGGAAGAUUCGAUGAGAUAUAUGUUAAAUGCUAACACUUCGGUUCAAACAAGUAGCAAAUCUAAUUGUAAUAACAAUGCUUUCAUCGAAAUGGGGUUGAGCGCUUUGAACAAUAAUCUACCCCAAGAUGCAUUGUCGCGUAUACUUCGGUCAGAAUAUUUGAAAAAAGAUAUGUCAUUGAAACCUAUGUAAAAUUAUGCACAAUAAAAAUGAAUAAAAUUCAAAUAUAAAAUUUAAAACUGAAUUUUGUACGUGCAUUUUGGUACUGAAGGUAAAAGGAAAUGUAAAGACUUAAAACGAUAUAAAAAACAUAUCUUUCUCAUUUAUUAUAAUAUAUAUUGUUUACUUACUUGUAAAUAAUAUUUUUUUAUAUUGCAGGUGCUUCGAAGACAUUUAAUCGUAGUACGUGUGUGAAAGUUAAAUUUCUUUCUUUCUUUUAUAUACAGUCUUAUGUUAUACAGCAGUGAUGGGCAGUUUAAGUGCCCGCCGAAAAGCUGACGGGCAUCGUCGUGCAUGGAAAUCCACAAAAGUUUAAAAUUUUCAAAUUCAGAAAUUUGGUAAUUUGAUAAUUUGAAAUUUGGUAAUUUAAAAAUUUAGAAAUAAAAAAUAAUUGAACUUUGAAAUGUAAAAAUUUGAUAGUUUGAAAAAUUUAGAAAUAUAGAAAUACCAAAUCUUCAAAUUUUCAAAUUGAGAAAUUGACUAUCCUCAGCGUCCCACAAGUAGACCUCACUUGCACGGUAAUGCACCGCGCUCUCGCAGGCGUAACUGCCCAUCGAUGUUAUACAGAAUAUACAAUUAUUCUCUAUUAAAAAGAAUGAGAAUAUCUUGUUUACAUAUUCAAACAUAUCACAAAGUAUUUUUCACAAACUAUCAUUAAAACAUGUACAAACUGAAAGGAAAGCUAUAUAUUACACUCGGUAAUAAAACUGUUUAACCAAUUCCACUGUACGCACAAAAUUAUGGCACUAUCCACAUAACAGGGGAUUCAUGUUAAGUUGACAUAACUAUAAACUGAAUGAUAAGAAUGUUAAAUUUUUUCCAGUACAUAAGUCCAAUAUAUUUUGAUAUGUCUUCAACUAACCAAUGUGUGACGUAUAAAUGUGCCAUAUUGGUGCCUUACAGAGGAUUAAAAUUUUCUUGAGAAAUCGUGUAUAAUAAACACGAUCGAAGGUACAUGGUCGUAGCAAGUUU